CAACAGCGUCUAUCAUUUCACUCACAGGCGCCAAAUGAUUCUCAUAUUCCAUCACCAGGCCAGACGAAGUAAGUUACGGCACUGGCUAUCACACACUGGCCGAGCUGCCCGCGUAACGCCCAGCACACAACCGCGACUACUACUACUACUACGACCAAGAAGGAUUCACACCAAAUGCCGCCGUUUCAAGCGCAUACCCCGCACUAGAUGGCGCAUCCAGAGCAACCCAGGUCGCGGGCAGAUUUUGAAAUCGCGAUCAUAUGUGCGUUACCUACAGAGGCGAAUGCUGUGGAAGCGGCAUUUGACAAGUAUUGGGACGAUGAUGGGGACAAAUACGGCAAAUUCACCACCGAUGUCAACGAGUAUACAACGGGGUUGAUUUCCAACCAUAAUGUUGUGCUCGCCCAUAUGCCUGGGAUGGGAAAGAAAAACGCUGCCAAUGUUGCAGCUAAUUUUCGGUCAAGCUUUCCCGGUAUCAAGCUUGCUUUGCUCGUCGGUAUCUGCGGGGGGGUUCCUGACGGACAAGACAGCGCGGAAAUUGUCCUAGGCGAUGUAAUUAUCAGUGACGGGGUGGUGGAGUUCGACUUUGGAAGACGGUUUCCUGGGAGCCACUUUAUACGGAAAGAUACUUCCACAGACAACCUCAGCCCACCCAGGGCUGAAAUCAGAGCAAUGUUGGCCAAGUUGCAAUCACAACGAAAUAAGAAGCGCCUUCAUGACAAAUUGGCAGUUAAUAUAGAUGCAUUGUGUCCAAAGCUUGGAAAUGGAGGCAUCAAAUAUCCCGGUACUGGCUUAGAUCAGCUGUACCAGCCUGCUUAUCGACAUCAACAUCACAAGACUGGCGAUUGCGAGAUUUGCGAAGGAGGUAGUAUUUGCUCCGCUGCGCAGAAAGCAUCUUGCAAGCAAUUAGGAUGUGAUCCAACACGCCUGGUUGCUCGUAAACGAUUGCCGGUUGCGAAGAAUGCCACGAGGGCACCGCCGCCGGAGAUCCACUUUGGCCGGAUUGCGACUGGGGACACGGUGAUGAAGUCCGGUGAAGAUCGCGAUAUUAUCGCCAAGGAAGAGGGGGUCAUAGCUUUCGAAAUGGAAAGUGCAGGAAUUUGGGAAACCUUUCCGUGUCUAGUGAUCAAAGGGGUCUGUGACUAUGCAGACAGCCACAAAAAUAAGUUGUGGCAGCCAUAUGCGGCUGCAGCAGCAGCAGCUUGUAUGAAGGCCCUGCUAGAUCUCUGGACCGUGGUCGACAAGCCGGCAAACUCCGGAACGACAAACAUGGAAAGAGUAAGGCCAGCGUUUCUCCCUAUGCCGCGGGAAAUAGAGAAAGCAGAUUGUGGCCGCUCCCUCAGCUUUCGCAACAUUGAUGCUCGUCAUCAAGAUAUUUCUGUCGCUCAUCGCAGUACUUGCAAAUGGUUUUUGGAAACAAAGGCUUUCCAGCAGUGGCGAGAUCAUGAUGACCUUCCGACUAACAAUGGGGUCCUUUGGAUCAAGGGAAAGCCCGGGGCCGGAAAAUCAACGCUGAUGAAGUACACAUUGAAACAGGCGAGGCAAGCCUUCUUCAAAGGUCAUGUCACUGCUGCCUACUUCUUCAACGCUCGAGGUACAGACCUCGAAAAAACUCCGCUGGGCAUGUUACGGUCCCUAGUAUAUCAGUUGAUUGAUCAAGAUGACGAUUCAUGUAACCGUCUUCUUGUCCUUUUUCGAGACAAACUGAAAAAGCACCCACAGGGACAAUGGGACUGGAGAAGAGGGGAGCUUGAAGAGUAUCUGUUGCUUGAAGCGAGUCGAACUCAUAAAAAGCCAAUCAUGUUUCUCAUCGAUGCCUUAGAUGAAUGUGGCGAAAAGGAGGUACAAAAGGUCGUGUCCUUUCUUGAAGCAUUGAGCAUAGAGGCAGUACAAGCGAAUGCCGACUUACGCAUAUGUCUGUCCAGUCGUCACUAUCCUACUGUCAGUAUGCGGAAAUCCCUGGAAUUAAUCGUCGAGCAGAUGCAGGAACACGAAGAGGAUAUCCAAACAUACAUUCGGGACCGACUAAUAGGGCGGACCCAAGAAAUUGAAGACCAGCUUCUGAACAAAGCCUCCGGUAUCUUCAUGUGGGUUGUCCUUGUCGUGGCAAUGCUCAAUCAGGCGUUUAGUCAUGGAAAGCUGGAGGCGAUGCAAACGCUCCUCAAGGAACUCCCUCCUGAUCUUGAGCAAGUCUUUCAGACUCUGCUAAACAGAGACAUGGCUAAUAAGGAUGAAACCAUUCUCACGCUGCAGUGGAUCCUCUUUUGCAAGCGCCAAAUCCAACCAGUUGAACUCUUCAGCGCAAUUUUGGUAGGAACAACACGACAACACCUUGAUCCCUGGGACACCUCCAAGAUAAACAGUGAUACUGUCAGUCGCCGUAUUAUCCAUUCAUCGAAAGGUCUAGUCGAACAGCGACAGGGAGGGACUACACUGCAAUUUAUCCACCUCUCUAUUAACGACUUUUUGCUUCGUAACCAAAGGCUGAGGACCUUAGACCCAAAGUUACGGGACAAUCCCGUUGGUACCAGCCACGAUUAUCUAAGGAGAUGUUGCUUUGCGUACGUGAUGAGCAUGAAACUGCCUAUUCAGAAAGAUUAUCAUGUGGUUCGGAGGAGCUAUCCUUUUCUGCCCUACGCAGCCAAGUACAUAUUCUACCAUGCUGAAACUGCGCAAGCCUCAGGUGUCUCCCAGCGAAAGUUUUUGCAGGCAUUGUUGAAACAACCCGAGAUGGACAGAAUUCUGACAGCGUUCUACAGACUCUUCACCGACCAUCGGUGUGGAGAUGUAUUGCAAAUUCUAUCACUGGAUGGCUCCAUCGAUCUAGUUCGCGCCUUUUCAUCGUGCAAAGGGUUCGAUGUGAACUCGCAGCAUGACGGAUACUACGGAAGCGCACUGCAGGCGGCUAUUGCCGGUGGACAUACAAAGAUGGUGCAAUUGCUUCUGGAUCUUGGAGCUGACGUCAACGCAAAAGGGGGCAAGUACGGUUUCGCCCUUCAAGCUGCAGCGUGGCAUGGAAAGAAGGAGAUCGUGAGAAUCCUGCUACGGCAUGGCGCGAAUGUUCAUGCUCAGGGGGGGCGGUAUGGCAACGCCCGUCGGGCAGCGGAAAAGGUCGGAAGCACGUCCAUCAUGAAGCUGUUAGACACGGUAGAUGAUGCUAAAGUGAAGCCUAAGAACGCAAAGUCUUCUUCUUGUGUUAUUCUAUGAAUUUAGAUCGCU